ACAGUCCAGUAGAUCAGACGACAUUUAGGCAGGAAAAGAAAACCAAUAUUUUCGUGUUCUACAAGUUGUGGAACAUAGAAAAAAUAAAAUUCGUCAACUUCCUAGGCUUACUCUUGAGUAACAAUGGUCAGUCCAAAGGUCGCAGUUCGAAAAGUUUGUCCAUUUUUAUUUUCACAAAUAUGAGAAAACGACUUCUUGCAAUUAUUUCGUAUGAUAUAAUCCCCCUAGUUUCAAUUUCUUCAGUAUUAUUAUCAAACUGUCUUACGAGUGCAUUGUUCGAAGGGGAAAACUGUACGGUUCGAAUAAACCAUGAAGAGGGUCGUUGUAUUAGAGUAGAUGAUUGUCAACAUGCCCUCAAACAAAUUCGUAGUAGAAUAAAUCUUGGAGCAUGUGGUUUUAAGGGAAACGAUCCACUUGUGUGUUGCCCUUUGCCGUCAAAAAUGGAGGAUAUUCCUGGAACCUUAAGUGUAACAAAAUGUAUGGGCUAUGACGACUUUUUACUUGAAAGGCUCUUUCACGGCGAACAAGUUCCUCUUCACAAGUUUUCUCACAUGGCAGCUAUUGGUUAUGACAAACAUGAAACGGACAUUGCAUGGUUAUGUAGAGGAACUUUAAUUAGUUACAACUUUGUACUUGGUGCUGCGCAUUGUGCGUAUAAUCAAAAGUAUAAAGAGGCUCAAUGGAUACGUCUUGGUGCCUUAGAUCUCAAAAACAACACCGAAACCAACCGUCGAACUGUAAAAAUCAAUGAGAUUUACACACAUCCAAAUUAUAAAUAUCCUUCGUAUUAUUAUGACAUCGCUCUAUUCAAAAUGGAUAAAAAUUACUAUGGUUAUAAGCCGGCUUGUUUACAUCCGAAUUAUAAUCUUUCCCACGAGAAUUUGCAAAUCACUGGAUGGACUAGUGGAAGCUAUUCAGAUACAAACAGUAAAAAAGCAACUUUGAGUCUGGUAGAUCGUAAAACAUGUGCUAAGAGAUAUAAAAGUGUUGCCAAAACAAGGAAACUGAAAUCAGGUAUUUUGGACAAGAUUCAGAUAUGCGCUAGUUAUGCAAAUACUUGCCAAGGUAAUUCUGGGGGAGCCCUUCAUUAUAGAGUCGAUCCGAAGAGUCCAAGGCAGGGUCAUUUUGUUAUUGCAGGAAUUACUUCCUUUGGCAAACCCUGCGGCAGAAAAAACAGUAUUGGUGUCUACACAAGAGUAUCAGCCUUCAUUGGAUGGAUCGAAGACAUGGUUUGGCGACAAAAUGAAGAUAACUUGGAUUUUGACAUUGAUAUAAAAUAAUAGGUUUUUCUAGUUGAAAGAACCCAACGUAAACGUAAAAAAACGUGUUUAAUAAGACUCUUGCUUCUUUUUUUAUGGUUUAUUACUUUGAUGUUCUACAUUAUACAAAUUAUAUCUAUGUAGUCUACAAAAAUAGAAGAAUAAU